UGAUCGCAGUCAGCGGUCUGUCUGCAUAAAUACCCGCUUCAGCAAGACGCAAAAUCUAGCUACCAAAAGACUCCUCGACUCCUACCAUACCUGACUAGAUCGCCAUAGUCAGUUAAAGUUAGGGUGUGCUCAAAUCAAUCAAAGAUGGCACUUGAUCUAGAGCCGAUGAUGGUACUGUCCCAGAAGCUCACCGGCGGCUACCAUCUCAGCGCCCAACUCCAAGCAUUGCUUGGCCGUCCCAUGGACAGCCGCGGCCAGGAGGAGGCCAUGGCGGUCAGCCAGGAGCUAUCGCGAGUGUUCAUGGAGGCCAUGUCCGUGCUAAGGCAUGCGAACAGUAACGGAGUGGACGUACUGAGGAUGGCUCCGGAGAUAAUGACUGGCAAUAGCAUUGGCUUCAGAACUGAUACGAAGGAUAAACGCAUCAGUGUACAAGAGGUUACUCCCCUCAAGAGGAGUAGAGAAGAGGAGUUUACGAGGAAGGAGAUUACACCCUCGCCACACAACGAUGGUUACCAGUGGAGAAAAUAUGGUCAAAAGAACAUUCAGAAGAGCAAUUUCGCCAGGUGCUACUACAAAUGCAACCGUGAUCCGCGUUGCACGGCGAAGAAGAAAGUGCAGCAGCAGGACAAGAGCAGCGACCCUCCCAUGUUCGAGGUCACCUACGUGAACGACCACACGUGCCAUGCACAUGUACUACCUGCCAUGGCUGCCAAUGACAGUACUAGUACAACAUUACCGACCACCACGAGCGACACCCUCAAAGCCGCGGACUCCGCAAGAAACGGCGCGUUCGACAUGACAUUCCCCCACAUCGGCGGCGGCAUGGUCGGCGAGAACGAGGCCAUCGUCUCGUGCCUCGCGAUGGUCAUCAGCGGAGGAACCGCGCCGCCGCCGCCGCCGCCGUCGCAAGCGGGCUCAGGUGAUGCGCCAGCGUACGUGCCCCCGCCGGGUUCGGAAUUCAGUAGCAUGGCGGACGGUGUGACGACGCUCGACGUGGUGGGCUUCUCGUGCGACGAUCUGUCGUCGUUUUGCCAUCCCCUCGAGGCAGCCGGGCUGUUCGACCUCUGCGACGUGCACAUGGACGCCGCACGAAUCAUGGACACAGUGUGGCCACGGCACACGUGA